AUGGAUUUAGGCGUUCAUCCAAACAGAGCUCAGCGUUCCUUAUCCCGAACAAUAAUCAGUCCAUCUUCUCCCUCCCUUUCAUUGACGAACCAAAAGAAGUCUAGCCACUUCACUUCUACGGCUACUGCCAUGGCGGCUUCACUCUAUUCCACUGCUCACACGACACCGAUUCUUCGAUUCAGAGCGAAUUACUCCAAGUCUCUCCUGUCUCUCCCAGAUUCGUGUUGGAGGGUAAUCGCUUCGGACAAAUCUCCCUCUGCACGCUUAAUUGCGUGUUCGCUAAGGACCGAGAAGCUUCGCCUCGGUGCGGGCGUGAAUCUCUCCAGUGGCCCCGUUGUCAAGCGGUUGGUGAUAAGGUCUGCAACUAUUGAAGAGAUAGAAGCUGAGAAAUCUGCAAUUGAGAAGGAUGUUAAAUCAAAGAUGGAGAAGACCAUUGAAACGCUUCGGACUAGUUUCAAUUCCAUAAGGACAGGGAGAGCCAAUGUAGCAAUGCUAGACAAGAUUGAGGUGGAAUACUAUGGAAGUCCAGUAAGUCUCAAGACCAUAGCCCAAAUCAGUACGCCCGAUGGAAGUUCUCUGUUGCUGCAGCCAUAUGACAAAUCUAGCUUGAAGGCUAUAGAGAAGGCUAUUGUGAAUUCUGAUCUUGGAGUGACUCCUAAUAACGAUGGAGAUGUGAUUCGAUUGUCCUUGCCUCCCCUUACGUCCGAUAGAAGAAAGGAACUAUCCAAGGUUGUAGCGAAACAAUCCGAAGAAGGGAAGGUUGCACUGAGGAACAUAAGGAGAGAUGCCUUGAAAUCUUAUGAUAAACUCGAGAAGGAGAAGAAGCUGUCAGAAGACAACGUGAAGGAUUUGUCAAGUGAUUUGCAGAAGCUAAUUGAUACGUACAUGAAGAAGGUAGAGGAGCUCUGCAAACAGAAAGAGAAGGAGUUGUUGAAGGUAUAGCUGAAACGGUUGUUGGGAAUCGAGAGGAACUUUGUAACUCAAUCUGGUAAAAUCCCGCAUUUCCAACUCCUUUGCUUCUAAUUACUUUUUCUCCGAUACUAUAAUGACUCUGGGAAUCGAGAGGAACUUUGUUUAAGUCUGUUUUCAUUUCGAAAAAAAUUAGAAGAAGCCUCUUUUAUAUGAUUUUUAUGAUCCCUCUUUGUACAGCAAGCUUGUUAACUUUUUCCUGCCGAUAACACUUUAUUGUCAUUUUGCUUUAGUGUUCAUCGAAGUUUUGAUUUAUAUAAAAACAAUUAAUAAAAAAAGAAUAAAACAAUAUUUUAACUUAAAUAAAAGUUUAAUUUGGUCAUGGGCCUCAUGGCUGAAUAAGUUUGGAUCAAAUCUUAUUUUUUAGCUUAAUAAGUACGUAUUUAC